AUGGGAAUUGUUGUCAGUGAAGAAGGCAACAUAGGCGGGCUCACCGAACAACAGAAGAUGGAAAUUAUCGCGGCCGAGAAUGACUAUGGCCUGGUCAUUGCUACUCUAGACCAAAUUUCUGUCUUUCUCGGCUCGUGGUGGACCUCAUCCCUGAUGGGUCGCAUAUUGACCUUCAAAAGUUACACGCAAAUCCCACUACUCAGUAUUAUGCAUCUAGAGCGCACAAGACAUGGGAUAAUGGGUUUCUACUUUGCCGGUAUUCCAGCUUGGGCAGUCUCAACAUGCUUAUCCUUUCUUCGACAUCAUCCCUUGGACCGCUUGAUUGCGGCUUGCCAAGAUUUAUUUCCAAAUGAUAAUGUGUUGUCGAGGCUCAUCCGAGCCUCCCUGAACAUGAUACGCUCAGCAACCCGAGGAAGUCUACUUAUCCUGGCGAUACAAACUUACAUGUAUUCCCUGUUGCAGUCGCUUCAUCUCGUUCAUCCUUACUCUUUACAUGGGCUGAGGGCCAUUCUACCCUUCGGAGAACAUGCUUUGAUGCAGCUUCCCAUGCUACCAAAAGGCUACUCGUGGCGAUCUUUCGCUGGGCUUCUAGCCAGUGUUUUGAGGACACCGUCGCUUCUCGUUUACCUAUACGUGUAUCUACGCCCAGUUGUAGAGAUCAGACUCUAUCGCUUGAUUCGACGAAGACUUCCGAAGCCCACCUAUGCAGACGAGCUCUCGGUGAAAGUGGCAUGCGAUAAUGACCUUGUUGACUGGAUGAUGCCAGCACUUGGCCGUCGAGCUGAUGAAGAAAACCGUCGCAGCAGCCUUUCUUUCAUGGAAGACUUAGCUUACGAAGUCAAUUUUUUCCGGUCCUGGAUUCUCUCUUGGUUUGGCUUCAGGACACAACAUACAGAAUCAUACUUAGAGCAGGCGCGAGAAGCGCACCGUCGCUUAUCGCAAAUAGAAGCAAGAUCAUCACGCGCACAGCAAUCACGGGCCGAGCGGCAAACACGCGUUUCUCCACAGAACGAGCCUGGAUUAGACACUGGGCGGGCUCAGCGGCCCAGCGCUCCUCGAGCUUCCACUACUGGCGGCACUUCAAAUUCGGGGGCCAUCUUCAGCGAGAGUCAAGUACUUCCCAAUGAAGAGAAUAGAAUGUCUCAAUCCCCGACAGAGAUGAGCAGUGGUGACUAUGCGGACAUGGCGCCAUUGCGACGGGCGAUGGCCCUACCCUCAGAGGAGGACCAGAGUGAGAGAGCUAUACCGGGAAUCGAAGAGGCAGCCGACACCCAGAUAAUUUCGCGGCCGACUACGAGUCUCUCACACCACUCCUCGCCCGCUACCUCAUCUUCAGCUUCGCCCCUGGUCCGUGCGUCGCUAAUACACCAGAACUCCGAUAUUAUCACCAUGCAGUUGGAGGUUCUAGGAAGCCCUCAUGCGCAGAACCUUGGUUCCGGGGAGCCAGCAGCAAGCAGCGAAUUUGGCCAGCCACACACAGAUGGGGAGCCGGUCAAUAAUCAGGCAAUGCCAAAUCUGCUUGAUGACUUACUGGCCAAUCAAGGCAUGAAUAUAGCCACAGUGGUCAACUCAGAUGCUCUGGACAGUGAUGAACUCUCUAACAUGACUCAGGGUAUAUCUUCAGAAUCUGCAGAUAUAGCACCACUGUCUGCGACGCAAAAUUCUCAAAUACAAGCUCUGAGAGCAGGCUCGCGCUCUGUCGGGAUCCCUGCACCUAAUCAUCAAACUGCAUCACCAGAUAGCACAGGGACGCUGAAUCAAAUCGCUGCGCAUCAGCAGCUAUCUGAACCAACUCCAAGGACUACCAACAAUGUCAGCUCUGGAACACCUCAGCAUACUUCCAAUGAGAGGGCAUCGCAAAUUCCAACAGAUGACCCUAGCCCUAUCGCCCACCGAGUCACAAUUCUUUCGUCCCUUCCCAUCGAUUCUCUAGCCUCUCAUCUAGCUUCUAUCAUCACGACCUUGAUGUUCAUUCCCCUCGAAUCAAUAUAUCUUCGAUCGCUUGCAUCUUCAUAUUUAGCGAACACUGGCGCUCCCGCUGCUCAGCGAUCAGAUGUUUACAGCAUGGGAUUCUGGGCCGGAGAUGGCUCUCAAUCCAGUACGCUUAUGUAUUUCGGUAAAGUCGCCUUGAUGAUGGGGGUGCAGACAGCCGUGAAUGCGAGUGCGUGGGGCAUUAUCUCUGGUGCUGCAAUCAGAAUUGGAAGGAGAUUUUGUGGCUGGGGAUCUUUAUGA